AUGGAUUUACUGUCGGGUCUUGGAGCUCGCUGUGUUAGCAUUCUUAACCUACUUGAGGAGCACAGCUGUGUGCGGCUCAAGUUCACCAAGAACCUGUCCCCGGACAAGAUCAAUCUGAGCACGUUGAAGGGGGAGGGGCAGCUGUCCAACCUUGAACUCGAUGAAGAGGUUCUGCAGAACAUGCUGGACCUGCCGACCUGGCUGGCUGUCACACGGGUCUACUGCAACAAAGCCGCCAUCAGGAUACAAUGGACGAAGUUGAAAACGAGCCCUAUCUGCCUGUUCUUGGAUAAGGUAGAGGUGGAGAUGAGGACAUGUGAAGAGCCUCGUCCACCCAACGGCCCCUCUCCUAUCGCUAUAACAGCAGGCCAGAGUGAGUAUGGCUUCGCUGAGAAAGUGGUGGAGGGCAUGUCUGUUAGAAUCAACUCUAUUACCAUCAAGGUGCAGGCUCAAGCCUUCCACGCCUCCUUUGAGCUCUGGCAGCUACAAGGCAACAGCCUCAACCCCAAAUGGCAGCGCAGUGACCUUCGCUACACCCGCAUCACCGACCCCAAGAGAGGAGAGGUUUUGACAUUCAAAGAAAUCAACUGGCAGAGUCUGCGAAUCGAGGCUGAUGCCAUUGAGAGUGACGAGCAGGACCUCGGCAGCACCCCGUUACGUCUCAUCACCAACCAAGGACGCAUUCGCAUCGCUCUAAAACGCAAAAUAAAGGACUGUAAUGUGUUGGCGUCCAAGCUGCUUUUUAUUUUGGACGACCUGCUGUGGGUGCUGACCGACUCUCAACUCAAAGCAAUCAUUCAUUACGCCAAAUCUCUCAGCGAGGCCAUGGAGAAGUCGGCUCAGCAGAGGAAGAGCAUGACGGCUCAAUCCCUGCAGACGGCUCCUCCAUCUCCUGGCCUCCACAGCUUGUGGACGGAGCCCCCGCCUGCUCCGACUGGCACCCCCAACAACAUGAGUCAAUACUUUGAUCUCUACGAUGUAAAGGAGUCUUCUUACCACACCUUCAUAUCCCGCUUGGACUUACACAUAUGCAACGAUAGUUCUUCAAUGGAUGAAGAUGAACCUCCUCCGGGCUUGCAGGGUGCGAUGCAGCUGACCUUCAGGAAGCUGGGUUUUGAUUACUACCCCAUCCACAGACCUGCUGAUGGAUGUCGACACUGGGAGCGUCACAGUGGAGCCAUGGAGGCUCAGGCCCAGUGGGCUGGGAAACUGCUGCAGGAGUACCACAGGAGAGUGGAGGCCUCUGGGUUACCAGGGCCACACUCUGAGGUGCCCCGGCCAACCAAAGACUCUCCUGCCAAAGCAGGCCAAGAUGGACAGUCUGACAAAGAACAGACGACCGCCAGGAACACUGCUCCGACAGGGUCAUCACUGAAGAGGCUGCGAUCGAGCUGCGUAAUUGUCAGAAUGGAUGACGUGGACAUACACCAGGUGUCUACCAGGGGCCGUCAGAACAAGAAGACCCAGUCUUUAUUAUCCUGUAAUCGUAAAGCACUGCGUUUGCCAGACAGCGUACCAGCAAUUCAUCUGCAGUUCACUGAGUACUACUUUCCUGACAACCCAAGUCUCUCAGUGCCCACCUCAAACCUGUAUGCCCAGUUAAACAGCCUGCAGCUGUGUGUGGACCCAGCCAGUGUGCUGUGGAUCAAUCUGUUUUCCAGGGGUCUGCUGCACACGCUGGACCAGGUCAAAGCUUUCUACCAUUUGCAAGACAGUAGCAAGGCUGAAGAGCAUGUAGACGUCCGCAUGGAUGCAGCUCAGCUUAAGUUGAUCGUUCCCUUGGAUUCUUCCAUACUGGACCAUCCAGAGCGUCCACAGUCUCUAUGCAUUACUGUUCCCCAGAUGGUUCUUAGCAACACUCGCCUCUGCCCCCAUGGCUCUAAAGCUGACCUCCACACCAUCUAUGAUAAGUUUGCCAGCUGCUCUUUGUUCCAACCCGAAUCACGCUGCUCUUACCCCAGAGACCUUAGUGCCUUCCACCCCAUCCCAUCCUCCUUCCUACAUCACUCUCAAGAGACGGAGCCCCAACCUCUAGAUGGAAAGCAGUUACGAUCCCAGGACGUCUGGUCCCUCAGUCUGUCACGUGUAACCCUGGGUUUUGAUGGAGCUCGGCGAUUCCCCAAAGGCAGGACCCAGCCUUUUGUCGAGCCCUUUGCCGUGUCUGUGUGGAUGUGUCAGCCUGCUGCCUUUAAAAACGGUUCAUCAUCUUCCUCCUCCAGUCCCAGCAGAGCCCACCCGCAUUCUCCAGAACAGGAAGAGGCUUUGCUUGCCUCUAUCCACUUCCUGGUUCACACCAUCACUCCAGUGAAAUUGUGGCUCAACCACUACCAGUAUGUAGCACUGCUGAGAAUGAAGGAUUCCAUGGCUCGGUUGGGGGCAGAGUUGGGCCGGGAUCUGCGAGAUGUUAAACAGGCUCGUGGCCAGAAGACAAACAAACCUGCUUCUGUUUGCGUUGCCCUUGUGGUGGACUCAGCAGAACUAGGUCUCCUGUUGCCACCAGUCAGCUCAGAGCCAGAGGAAGAGGUCCCCCACACUCCAGAAACAGACAGCAUGACAGACUCUGAUAUUUCUCCGAUUCAUCACUCAGCAGAGUUGGUCCUGGAGGACAGUGGGUUGGAAAACGGCAUCUCCUCCGUCACUGUGUUUGAUCAGGAUGAACACGACGGCGUGGUGGAGGAGGCGUGUGAGGCUGUGGAGGAGGGGGCGGAGCAGGACGGUUUGAAAACACAAGUGGACACUGCUGUCCUCUCACCUCCCCUGACACCUGGACACUCCCCUGCCCUCUCCCGUGAGCCGUCCACCUUUAGCCUGGAGGGAGAGCUGUCAAGCGCCAUUAACGUCACCAAGGAUGCGACUAAAGAUGCCAUCAGUGCCUCGCUGGACCUGACAAAAGGGGCAUUUUCAAUAACAAAAGAUGCAUUUAGCAUCCUGAGUCGUGGCUCCGGGAUGAGCAAACUGUUCAGUCCACAGGCAAAGGAACAGGUCCAGCGUUCGGAGGAGUCCUCCCCCUCGUUGGCUGCCAGCCUGCGUCACCAAUCCAUGAAGCAGUCGCCUUCCCAGCAUUCCUUUGAUAGUGCAAUCUUGGAGGGCAGCCUACCUGAUGAAAAUCAUGUGGAUAGUGAUGUCAGCGAAAAUUUUGUUAUUCUAAUGGACUCAGAGUCAGGUGUGGAGUCCAUGCGUCCCAACAACACUCCAGCAGGCAGCCGGGGAAGCCCCGCCCCAGGGACAGAGGGAGGUUCCUCAGCUGACCUCAGCAGCUCCCUGUCCCAAAGUACUGAGGACGUGUCUCAGGACAUGUCCUCGGUGUUGUUACUGAUCAUGAGUGGAGCGGCAUGUACCAUGGAGGUAAAAGGAGAAAACCAAGUUGUGGCUGUUGAAGCCCAGAAUCUGAGCCCUGUGCAGAUGGGUACCGUCAGGGUGUCUGACGUGCUGACUGGACUCAUACAAGCUCCAGAUGGACCAGUCCAGAAAAAGGACAAGCGAGGUAGCAGCACGUCUCCAGUGUUGCGCAUGCGAGCAGAAAUGGGUCCGUCUGCAGCCCGACACUCUUCUCUGGCUGAGUCUCUGGGAUUCCUGGAUAUGAGAGUUCAAGACUGUCAGGCAGAGCUGUUAGCCUCCACGGUGACUAACAUUGGGCCUUUCCUCGAAGACGAAUUCAGUGUUGAUGGUCAACCGAUGAAGUUACACAUGAGCAACAUCACCAUCACUAUGAAGGAUGAUGGCCCUAGAAACUAUCCCACAGCCCCUCAACCUGUCCCAGCCACUUUCAUCGUAGAUCAGCUUCUCCUGGAGCGCAGUGACGAUGGCAUCAUGAGGCUUAAAGGUGCUCCUGUGGCUGGACCAGACAACACAGACACUUCCUGUGCUGUUCAACAGAAGAAAGAGAGACAAACUCUGGAGUCACAGCUCUCUGAUGCCCAGGCUGUCCUCACCCAGGCCCUCAAUGACAGAGAGCGCCUCCUUCUGGAAGUCAGAAAGUAUGACCCCACGUUUACUCUCUGACCCGUGAGCCAGUGAUCAUCAGUGCUCCUGCUGACUGACUGUGAUCAGAUGUAUCGGGAUGAAGGUCAGGAAACAUGAAGACUCACGUAAAGACGAUGUCAGGGCACAAGUCAUGUUUGAGAAGAAAAUGAACGUUGAGGCUUUGGAUCACAUCUCAUUCUAUUAUCAUGCAACUCAUGAGAUUACAAGAGCCCUUAUAACAACUACUUAAAGCUAGUGGACUAACUUAUAGGUACAUUAUUGUGGUUAUUUCUCAUUCAAAUUAGUGUGGACAGUAAACUCAGUGUGUGGUUUCAGUGUUUGUCACAAAGCAUGCAAGAGUAAAUAUCAUCAAGCUUUAAUCCUCUCCACUUUAAUAUUAGUGUUACGAAGCUGUUGAGUCAGGCACAAGCCAAAACCUCCUCUUCACAUGACACUGCCAGACAGCCGCCAGUUGCUCCUUCUACAAAAAACACAUAACUGUCAAGCAUGCUUUGUGAACAGUGCUAAUUUACACAUAGCACAUUUACAGAUAGUCAUAACUAAGUGAUGUAGAGUUCCUCAGUUUGAGUGUAACAUACAAUAGAUCCAUGUUUUUUCUUUUCUUUUAAAAGUAUUAUAACAAGAUAUCACCUGUUGUUGAUGUAAUUUAAUAGGUAGGGAAAUCAAUGCACUUUUUAAUUUAAUACAAAAGAAGAAGCAUAACGACAUUGCUUUCAUAGAGCGAGGGAUGUUUCACAGUUAGUACCUGCGUUCUUUUAACACCAGUUGUCACACAAACAUAUCAAGUUCUCGUUGUUCUGAGAAAGCAGGUCGAAUCAUUCCCCAGUGUUAUAUUAUUCUCCGAGUUGUGAAAUGUUUAUCAUUUUUCUUUUGUACUGUGAAACGGCGUCUCUGUGGGUGAGCGUCCACUCAAAAGACGACACGCCUUUCAUUCUCCCCCCCCCCCCGGGCUCUGGAGAGCAGGUUGCACGGUACCUUCAGUAUUAUAACUGGUUUUCACUCUCUGCUGUUAGAGGUUUGGGAUUUUACCAGCAAACCAGAGAUAGAAUACUUGACCCUCGUUAAACUUGUUUUUGUAGCUUGCCAGGAAACAAGUCAGACUGCUUGUGUUAUUACCUCUGUACACAUUGAUCCUGUUGAGUGAUCAGACAUGAUCCACUUAGAACUCACUGUGUUUGUUGGUUUACAUGUGUAUUUAUUUAGAUUUGUGUUUUUGUACGACCAGAUUGACGACAGUGUAUUGAAGCCAUAUCAAUCACAGAAAGUGACAUUUAAAAAAGCUACGGUACUGCUCACACUCACAGUUUUAUGUAUGUUAUCAAACCCACAACAAAAACCUAUAUUUCACAGUGUUAAAUCUCAAAUUUUGGUACAAAUGUUAUUGUUAAAUCAGUUGUUCAGUGUUUUUUCCCUUUCAGGAGGUACUUUGUCCGAUUUGAAGCUGUUUCAUCCACAGUUCAUGUCAGUGUCUCAUUCUGUACCCUGGAGACCUCUGGUGGCUGUGUUUCACCACAGCACUGCUCAUUCUAACUUCAUUAGUAUUCAUAAUUCUUUUUUUAAUCUGUGGUUGCCUUGCAAGCUAUGAAUGAUGUUUUUCCAUUCUUAAGGAGGAAUGUAAAAUAUUGAAGCAAUAGAAAGACAGAUAGUUUUAACCAAAAACAUGACAACGAACAGUAACACUACACGUUUGACGUUUAAUACUUAAAUCAAAGAAAAUCAAUUUACUCGUCUGUUAGGUUUUAGUGUUGUUCCCCCUCAAUCUGUCGGUGUAACAAGGCAGUCAUUCUGCCCUUUAACCUCAGUGUCACUUGUAGUUGUGAUCUUCUUCUCAGCUCUUGGUGUUUUAUGUUUUUGCAUGGCCUCAGUAAACAAAGAUGUGGUGGUACGAAACUGAACGUCCCAUUCUGGAUGCAACAUAUGUAGCUGUAGAGUUUCUCUCUCCUCUGUCAGGCCUCAGUGUAACAUAGCUUCCCUGAUCUGCAGAUAAACUGGUGCUCUGAUAACUGCUGACUUCCUUUUGCACUCCAGAGCAAGCCUGGGUUUCCAUGACAACUCAACCCUAACCCAGUGUGCCAUUAAAAAAUAAAAUAAAAAGGGAGAUGGACAGAGGGUGAAGCAGGACUCACUUCAGGGUGUUUCUCUCUCCAGAUGCAUGUGCUGAAGUCGUGUAUGUUGUAUAUGCCUUGUGAAUUACUUGCACUUGUGUAGUAACUUCACUGGAGAUUGCACUUGUUUUAAUGUAAAUCACUUCAGAGGAUUGCAGCGGACUCCUUGUGAUAUCUUCCAGAGUGGCGCAGAUGUCGCAGCCCCUGUGGACAGUAUUUUUUUGUCAUUUAUGUAGAAUUACAUUGAAUUUUGUAUCGUCUUUACCACUUCAUCGAGACUAAUAUAAAACUGGUUCUGUGAACCAAAGUAUGUGGAACAUAUUUUAAAACAGUGACAGAAUAAAUGAAUUGCUGAACACUC